AUUGUUCAAAAACGGCUCGAAGCACGCGGACGCUUAGCGGCAAAUGCUAACAACGUUCAUAAUUAUACUGACAGUAUCAAGUUCCUGUAACAUUGUAUGUGUGUUAACACAAGUCCUUUAAGUUUGUUGCGUUCGGUGUGGGAAAUAUAAUUAAGUGAAUCUGAAGGAUAUUAAUAUCCUGCCACAUCCGUUGGACUAGACAAGUGCCGCGAAGUAAGGACUUCUUGCCACUGAACUUGAACUGUACAAUGACAUUACAUGAAAAUAUGUUCAAAUAAAGGAUAUAAGGACAUAAGUUAUAAUUAAAUGUAAAUUAAAUAUCUAACGCGGAAAGUUUUUAAAAGUAAAGUGUUUACACUAAGGUGAUAGUCCAAAGAAAUUCAUGUGCUUUUUCAUUCAAAUGUGCAUUUACUCGUAAACGGUUUUAUUAUACAACUACGAUCCAGACCAGUUUAAAGGACCAAGUGAAGAUAUCAUUUCAGAUAAACAUUGCAGUUAAUACGUAAAUCAAUCAAAGUAAUAUUAAAACGUCACACUCGAAAUGACGAAUCACUCUGAAUUGGUGAAAUUGCACAACGGUAGUUCAGCACAAAAAGUUUUAAUUGUGAAUGGACUCGAUAAAAUAAAGCCACCGAAACCGUUGGGCGAACGGAGAAAAGCAGUAUUGCGUCAGGAGCUGAUGGUACUUCUUGGCAAUACGUGUGUGGUAGCAUCGGGCAUGUCCGUGGCUCUACCUUCUGUGUCGCUCGCUCAACUAACAGAUCCCAAUGAUAUUUACCAUCUCAACACCGAGGAAAGUAGUUGGUUUGCUUCUAUCAAUAGUAUGGCUUGUCCGCUGGGAGGCUUAUUAGUAGGUUAUCUCAUGGAUCGCAUCGGUCGUAGAAAUACGAUGUUGUGCACGAAUUUCGUCGGUAUUAUCGGAUUAUUGCUGCUUGUCACUGCCCCCCACCAAACCACACGUGAUGCUAUUUAUAUACAGUUACUCAUUGGCAGAUUUCUAUGUGGUCUUAUGAUUGGCUUAUCACUGUCCCCAAUUGGUUCGUAUGCGGCGGAAAUUAGUUUACCACGGAUAAGGGGUCGUCUGAUUAUGGGUACAUCGAUAGCAAUAGCCAGCGGUAUAUUGCUUAUGUAUUUGUUAGGUUAUUUUAUACGGAACAACUUUAAAUUAAUCUCCAUUAUAUCCGUCGUUUAUCAAUGCUUGGCGUUCUGCUGUUGCCUUCCCAUGCCUGAAUCCCCAAGUUGGCUGCUACAGAAGGGCUAUGAGGAGCGGGCUCGCAAGUCGCUGAAGUAUUUUCGGGGUCUCUCAAAAAAUGAUAAUAACAUUUACGAGGAAUUCGAAACAGAAUUGGCACUCAUCAAGAAAAACUCAGACAGCAGUCGGACAGCCGCUGCCAAUGAGUCGCUUUUACAGGCCAUAAGAGCACCGGAGGUCUACAAACCACUGCUCAUGAUGAUCGGCUUCUUUUUCUUUCAACAGUGCUCUGGAAUUGUUGUUGUGAUUGUAUUUGCAGCACAAAUCGCUACACGCGCUGGUGUCUCUGCCGAUCCGCUGCUGGUGGCUGUGUUCGUUGGUGUUGCACGUAUAAUUACCACUUUUUUCAUGGGCAUGAUUUUUGAAAAAUGGGGACGUCGCCCAGCGGGUAUAGUUUCAGCGACCGGAAUGACGAUUUGCAUGACAUUGCUUGCAGCUAACGGUUGGUGGCCAGUUAUCGGCGAGCAUGUCCCAUUAUUGUCCGUUUUUGCCAUUGUGCUGCACAUAAUCUUCUCCACAAUGGGUCUGCUAACCCUGCCAUUCUUCAUGAUCUCAGAGGUUUUUCCACAACGUGUACGUGGCAGCGCCAAUGGGUUCACACUGUGUGUUGGCCUUCUGUUCUCCUUUAGCGUAGUGAAGCUGUAUCCCACCGCGGAAGCUUGGAUAGGAACAGCCAAUUGUUUCGCUUUUUUCGGUGCGAUAUCUCUAUUGGGUGUGGCGUUCAUUUAUUUCAUUGUGCCAGAGACGAAGGGCCGCACAUUACUGGAGAUUGAAAACUACUUCCGUACUGGACGGAAAGUGAGCAAUGCAGAAGUUGCACGUCGGCAGUCACAAAUAGCGAUGGAGGAAGCUGCCGGAAUAUACCGUUCCGAACAGGAACUUAAUGAAGUAUUCUUGAAAUUAAGUAAAGUAGACGAAGACGGCGAAAACAAACUAGACGCCAAAGAGUGAUAGACUGUAGUAGUGAAAAUCGGCAGGAAAUAAGUAUAUUUGUCGAAACUUUUAAAUAUGAGUUUAAAAUGCCAUAUCUUUUAUAAGAAUAACUGUACUUGAAGUAAAUAUAUGUAUUAAUAAUUAGACUGUGAUGUAAAACUUAAGGUCUAAAAGUAAAAGGACUUUUUUUAAAUCCAA